UUGAUAGACAAUGCAAAGUUGUAUAUCCCUUUAAUCAGCCUAUAUUGAGUACUAAUUGAUUAAGGUGUCAGCAGAAAUCUUCCAUACUUAAAAAGCUGGGCCCAUGUUAUACCAAAAAGUAAAAUUACUUCUUUCACAUGUAACCAGUUUUUAAUUGGCUUAAAAAAAGCCAUUGUUUGCUGCCACCUACACCGACAGUGUCAAAAUAUAUAAAAGGGGAGAGAAGCACCAAAGCGCUAAAUAAAAAAAAAUUAUCGGUUGCUUCUUUUAGUUAUAAUGACCAUUGCCUUGGAAGGAUACCGCACUGCGACUUUAAAUUUAUCAACUACGCCUGAGUUUACCGAUUUGACUAAUUGGCGUCUCAAGGUGAAAGAAGGUGCUCAGACAUGGCAUUAUUUAAAUACUGAUGAGGAACGUAAAUCAUGGCCUCAAACCAUCUGGGAUAAAUACCAUUUGGGUCUCCCCAUUGAUGUACCCGAUCUCGAAAAACCAACUACACCACUCGAAGCAGCACGCAAUGGCUUCGAAUUUUAUCGUCGUCUCCAAACUGAAGAUGGACAUUGGGGUGGAGAAUACGGUGGACCAAUGUUUUUGAUUCCCGGUCUGAUUAUCACAUACUACAUUACUGGCGAACCUGUCCCUGAAGCUAUGCGAUUAGAAUUGAUCCGUUACUUAAUAACAAGAGCUCACGCCGAAGAUGGCGGCUGGGGCAUUCAUAUUGAAGGAGUGUCUACGGUUUUUGGUACUGCCUUGAAUUAUGUAACACUCCGUAUCUUGGGUUUGAGUCCUGAUCAUCCUGUUCUGGUCAAAGCCCGUGGUACACUUCACAAGCUUGGCGGUGCCAGUGCAAUUCCUGCUUGGGGUAAGUUCUGGUUGGCUGCCUUGGGUGUUUAUGAAUGGAAAGGUGUAAAUCCUAUCCCUCCAGAGUUAUGGGCUUUACCCAAUUCCCUCCCUAUCUGCCCAGGUAACUGGUGGGUUCAUACCCGUAUGGUGUACCUUCCCAUGGGCUACAUUUAUGCUCGUCGUUUAAGCGCUCCUUUAACCACGUUUACCCAAUCUUUGCGUGAAGAAUUGUACGUUGAGCCUUAUGAUUCCAUCAACUGGGAUAAACAAAGAAAUAACGUUGCUGAAGUCGAUCUGUAUACCCCACAUUCUAAAAUUAUGGAUGUUCUUAAUUAUGGUCUGACUUAUUAUGAAGCACUUGCGCCUAAGUUUCCUUGGCUUCGUGACUAUGCGCUCAAAUUAACUGUAGAACAAAUCAAAAUGGAAGACGAGUGUACUUUCUAUCUUGAUAUCGGACCUGUCAACAAAGCUAUGAACUGGCUUGUAGUUUUCUAUCAUUAUGGAAGAGAUUCACAUGAGUUCCGUGAGCAUGUGAAACGUAAUGAUGAUUUUAUGUGGAUGGGACCCGAAGGUAUGAUGAUGAACGGUACCAAUGGUAGUCAACUCUGGGAUGCUACAUUUAUCGCACAGGCAUGUGCUGAAGCUAAACUUGCUGAUAAUGUCAAUUACCGUGAGAACAUGAUUAAGACUUUAGAGUUUAUUGAUGUCAGUCAGAUCCGUCGUAACCCACCCUUCAUGAAGGAAAGCUAUCGUCAAACUUCUUUAGGCGCUUGGCCAUUUAGUACCAGAGAUCAAGGCUAUACAGUUUCUGAUUGUACAGCUGAAGGUAUUAAGGCAACCAAUGCUCUUCAAAAAGUGCCUGGUUUACCCACUCUGAUUGAUAACAGUCGUCUUCGUGAUGCAGUCGAUGUACUUUUAACCAUGCAAAAUUCCGAUAAUGGUUUCGCCUCCUAUGAAACAAUUCGUGGUCCUCGCUUUUUGGAAUUAUUGAACCCUGCCGAAGUAUUUGCUAACAUUAUGAUUGAAUACAGUUAUCCAGAAUGUACUACGGCUGUUCUUAUGGGUCUUCGUAGUUUUGUCAAGAUUGAUCCUGAAUAUCGUCGUGAUGAAAUUGAUGAGGCAUGUAGCCGUUGUUUACAGUAUAUUAAAAAAGUACAGCAUGAAGAUGGUUCAUGGUAUGGUGCUUGGGCGAUUUGUUACACUUAUGCAGCCAUGUUUGCACUUCAAAGUUUAGCCAGUGUCGGUGAAUACUAUGAUACCUCAGAUCAUUCCAAACGUGGCUGUGAUUUUUUGAUUUCCCACCAAGAAAGUGACGGUGGCUGGGGUGAGACCUAUAAAUCAUGCGAGCUGCAUGUCUAUUCCCACAACGAGACUUCUCAAGUAGUGAAUACAGCAUUUUCUGUGAUGGCUUUGUUGGAUGCCAAAUAUCCCGAUAAGGAGCCUAUUCGUCGUGGUAUUGAGUUCAUCAUGAAGAGACAACAGGCAAAUGGCGAAUGGUUGCAAGAGAGUAUUGAAGGUGUAUUCAACAAGAAUUGCAUGAUUUCUUAUCCCAAUUACAAGUUUGCUUUUAGUAUCUGGGCGCUUGGUAAAUAUGCCAACGUCUACGGUGAUAGCAUUUCUGAGAAAUCGUCAUGAAAAAAAAUAAAGAAAUAAAAUCUGGCUUGACAAAUAAUUUG